AUGACGCCGUAUAUGCAAUCAUCAGCGGUUAAAGGAUCGAUCUCAAGGAAAGUUUCAGGGAAAAGAAGGUUAGGCCAUAAAAACCAGGGACUAUAUGCUAUAGAUCUAUGGAAGAAUGCUUUUAAAGCUGCUUGUGAAAGACUUUGCCCACUAAGAGGUUUAAGAAAAGAGUGUGGUUGUCUACCCAUGCUUGCUAAACUGGUUAUGGAACAAUUAAUUAGUAGACUUGAUGUAGCAAUGUUCAACGCGAUACUUCGUGAGUCAGCAGGUGAAAUGCCGACAGAUCCUGUCUCUGAUCCGAUCAGUGACAUUAAUGUUCUUCCAAUUCCAGCAGGAAAAGCAAGUUUUGGGGCAGGCGCUCAGCUAAAAAAUGCGAUUGGAACUUGGUCAAGAUGGCUUGAGGAUCAAUUCGAGCAAAAGGAAGACAAAUCUGAUAGCUAUAAUAAGAAGUCAGAUUGUGAAAAUUUCAGAUUAUUCCAUCUACUCAACUCGUUAGGCGAUCUAAUGAUGCUUCCAUUCAAAAUGCUUGCAGAAAAAUCCACUAGAAGAGAGGUUUGUCCAACACUUGGUCCACCAAUAGUAAAGAGAUAUCUUCGAAACUUUGUUCCAGAUGAGUUUAACCCUCACAGAAUCCCUAAAAGGCUAUUUGAUAUUCUAAAUUCCGAGGGGUUAACAGAGGAAGACAAUGGAUGCAUCAUAGUCUUCCCUUGCGCUGCAUCACCCACAGUAUACUUAAUGCCGUCUACAGAAUCCAUAAGACGCUUCAUAGAAGAGUUGAACAAUCCUUCUUUAUCUGAAACUGGAUCAUCGGUAUAUAAGAAACAAUACACAAGUGAUGAUGAGUUGGAUGACUUGGAUACAUCCAUUAACUCUAUAAUCUCUGCUCCUGGAACAACUAGUUCAUCAGAGUGGAUGCCAAAAGGAUAUGGAAGCAGGAAGACUGUAAGAUAUCAGCUCCUUAGAGAAAUAUGGAAAGAAGAUGGAUUACAAUGA